UUUCCUCUCGGAUACUUUCCCAUUUGCGGCUGUGAAAUUUAACUAAAAAUGGGUUCUUCCGGUAAGGGCAAGUUGGAGGUGGAGGAGCAGAGCGGCGCCGCCGUCUGCAGGACCGCACACAGCUUGUCUUCCUCCAUCGUGAGGAAAAGAUCCGACCCGGAACUCGUUUCUCGGAUCCGGUUUCGGGUCAUCCGCCAGCUCCUCGCAAAUCUCCAGCAGGUGAUUCUUGGGACCAAGCUCUGCGUGCUUUUUCCGGCCAUCCCUCUCGCCAUGCUCGCUCAUCUCUACUGCUUCAAAAGGCCAUGGAUUUUUGCUCUGAGUUUACUGGGACUAGCCCCUCUUGCUGAAAGAGUCUGUUUCUUGACAGAGCAAAUUGCUAAUUACACCGGACCAACAGUGGGAGGACUGCUAAAUGCAACAUGUGGGAAUGCAACAGAGCUGAUAAUAUCAAUGCUUGCACUUCACCAGAGAAAGAUUCAUGUCCUCAAAUACUCCCUCUUAGGCUCCAUUCUUUCCAACCUUCUCCUCGUCCUCGGAACCUCUCUUUUCUCCGGCGGAUUGGCCAAUAUCAAGGACCACCAGAGAUUCGACCGAAAGCAGAGUGAUGUGAGCACGUCGAUGAUGUUGUUGGGGUUGCUGUGUGUGGCACUGCCGCUGAUGGUCAGGUAUUCGGUUGGGGAAUCGGAAUCCGCAGUGAGCUCAGCCGCAGCAUUGUGGCUGUCCAGAGCAAACAGCAGUUUCAUGCUCGGGGCCUAUGCGGCGUACCUCUUCUUCCAACUCAAAACUCACCGACAGUUAUUUGAUUCUCCAGAGGAUGAAGAAGAUAAUGGGUUAGAAGAAGAGGCGGAGAUCGGAUUGUGGAGUGCUUUGGUUUGGUUGAUUGGUAUGACACUCACAAUUGCAUUACUAUCAGAGUAUGUGGUUGGCACCAUUGAGGAAGCCGCGGAUACAAUAAGCUGGAUAUCGCUUUGGGUGUUGCAUUGGGGUCUGCUUCUCAAAUUUUGAUGUUCGUGGUUCCAUUGUGUGUGACUGUGGGGUGGAUGAUAGGGGUGAAAAUGGACCUUGAUUUUGGCCUUCUCGAAACGGCUUCUCUUGCUUUCUCCAUCCUCGUAACCGCAUUCACAUUACAGGAGGGAACUUCACACUACAUGAAAGGACUAAUUCUUUGCAUGUCCUACCUUGUCAUUGCCUCUUGCUUCUUCCUUCACAAACUACUCCCCACAUAUCACCAUGAUGACCCAAGAAGCACCGCCACCGGAGUGAAGACUGCCUGAUUUCACCGGCGUCGGCACGGUAUAUCUCCACCGACCACCGCGAUCUCGUGUAUAUAUAGGUUGUCUUUCUUUUUUUACCUGUUUCUAUUUUUAGGUUUUAGGGUAUGUACAAGAGGAAAAUAUGUAAAAACUCGAGUGUUUUUUAUUCGGAGGGUGGUGCAUUUUGCAUUAUAUAGAGAUGAAUAAUUGUAUUCAUUAAAUAACCACUCGUGCU